AUGGCGCCCUCCACGACCGUCCCGAGUGCUUCUGCAAUCGAAGUACCGGAGACUCUCCUCAAGAAGAGAAAACAAACCGAAAAGGCUCGCGAGGAGCGCCUCGCAGCUGCCGCUGCCGCUCGCAAGGCCAACAAAACCAAGCGAAAGGUCAUUUUUAAACGUGCAGAGUCGUAUGUGAAGGAGUAUCUUUCGCAGGAGAAGGAGGAGAUACGGCUGAAGAGGGCUGCACGAAGCGCUGGUGACUUUUACGUGCCCGCUCAGCCCAAAGUGUACUUUGUUGUCAGGAUUCGUGGUAUCAACGAGAUUGCACCAAAACCCCGGAAGAUUUUGCAACUCCUUCGUUUACUGCAAAUCAACAACGGUGUUUUUGUUAAGGUUACUAGGGCAACUCAACAGAUGCUCCGUCUCGUCGAGCCUUAUAUCACCUAUGGCGAGCCUAACCUGAAGUCCGUGCGUGAGUUGAUCUACAAACGGGGGUACGGCAAAGUCGACAAGCAACGCAUUCCUCUCUCCAACAACGCCGUCAUCGAACAAGCCCUUGGCCAAUAUAACAUACUCUCCAUCGAAGAUCUUGUUCACGAAAUUAUCACUGUCGGCCCCAACUUCAAACAGGCCUCUAACUUCCUAUGGCCCUUCAAGCUUUCCAACCCCAAUGGUGGCUGGAGAACACGGAAGUUCAAGCACUAUGUCCAGGGUGGUGACUUCGGUGACCGGGAGACCAACAUCAACAAGCUUAUCAGGCAAAUGAACUAA